GGCAAAGGAAGACCCCUCAACAGACCUGCUCUGGGAAGAAGAGUGUUUGGAGAAGGAAAAGACGAGGAUAAGAAGAAGCUGAACUCUAUCGUGCACCCCGCAGUGCGGAGAGAGAUGUACAAGCAGAUUCUCUACGCAUAUCUAAGCGGCAGUUGGGCUUGUGUAUUGGACGUGCCAUUACUCUUUGAGUCUGGCUGGGAACCUCUGUGUGGCACAAUUUUGGUCGUAGGCGUCAGCGACCCGGCGAUUCAGAUGCAACGGCUGCGUGCGAGAGACGAGCAUCUGACUGAAGAGGACGCAAAGAACAGAGUGGCUGCUCAGUGGGAUGUCAGGGACAAGGCAAAGAGGUGUUUGAGGAGAGGAGAAAAGGCUGGCGUGGUCGUGUGGAAUGAUGGCGACCAGGCUGAUCUCAAGAGGCAGAUUGAUGCCGUCAUGAGUACGAUCCGGAGUGGCAGUCCGCAGUGGUGGGCGUGGCUAUUGUUGCUCUGUCCGCCCUUGGCUGUUGCGAGUGGUGCGUGGCACUAUGUUCGCGGGUGGUGGAUCAAGAGAGCUUGGGAGCAUGAGCAGACAAAGGAGAAGGCCAAGCUAUGAAUACGAUACCUAUUGCACCAUAAGGGACCUCACUGUGACGGCUUCCGGGUGCACAGCAGCCAUGACGAUGACGGGUAUUCCACUGACAUGUCGAUGUUACUGCCAUAGCCCAGCGGCACAGCGGCGGCUUCUCGCGCUGAACGCAGACAUCUUCUGAGCAGCAUGAGCGUCGGCGGCGCGCGGGAAGUCGUCGAUGAAAGCUAGCGAACGCAAACACUCUCGAUCGAAGGCUGCACAGUUCGUACUAUGCAAGCCCAGCCGGUGCUAUGCAGGAAACGUGAGUAAGAUAUAUGCACGGACGAGUAGAGAUGCUACUAUCAUUUACACAGAGCGGCCGUUACAGAGCGCAGCGGAAGCAUCGAGUCCUGAGGCACCGUGAGUCUGCGUGCUCGGUGUGUUGGCUAUUGUAUGCAGGGGCUCGGCGCAUGCGGUAGGUUGCCCAUACCGUUUGUACCAGUAAGUGAGUAGUCUGGAGGUGUCUAUGGUCCUCCGCCGUCUAUCCAUACGGUCAGACCAUAACUUGCAAGUUGGAAGUAUGUGCGCUAGUGUAAUGAAGGA